AUGGCUCCCGGUAUCAUGUCUCCCGUUCCGGGAAACCUCUCCUCCCCUCUGUAUGGAAAGUUCCCUGGAAACUCCAGACAGGUGUCUGCUAUGUCCAUGUUCGAUAGCGACACGCUGUCCAACAGCGGCAUCUCGCGCCCUAGCAACUCUCGCCGCGAGUCAUCCUUCGUGUCCAAGAAGUUCACUACUGCCGGAAGCUCCAAGCUCUCCAGUGUGGUCCAGGGCUUGCAGCGUCAGAGUGGUACUGACCUGGGUGUGAGCACAUCUUCUAACCUCUUCAACACUGACCAUGCUGCCAUUUUGGAGUGGAUUGCCACUGAGCGCAUGAGUCACCUGCCUCCCGAGGGAAGUAGCUACGAUAAGGUGCUCGCUUGGGCUCAGCUCUUCGUUGAGCGUCUGCACUCCUUUGACGUCGCCAUCCGUGACUUUGAGGGAAACAGCUGGCUCGCGGCUCAGCUGUCCUAUGGCUACUGUGCCAUGCUUCUUGAGCUUGGCAAGGACAACGCGCCAGCCCUUAUGGCAUCCUUCGGAUUCUUCUACAGCACUUCCUCCUCUCUGGUGAACCUGCUCGAGCGCACUGAGCUGUUCUCUGUCUCCCAGGAGAUCAAAGAUCAGCUCGUCGAGGCUUUGGCUGACCUCGUUUCUUUGGUCGCCAGCGUGUCCACUCGCUUCCAGCUAGCUAUCAAUGCUCUGACUGAGGGCUAUAUCUCUAUUAAUGUUUAUGAGACCUUCACCAACCAAAUUGAAUCUUUCCGUGACCGCUGUGGGAAGAUUUCGGACUCCAUGUGGCGCCACCAGCUCGUGAACGAGAGCAAGGACCCCGAACUUGUCUCCGUCGUCAAGUCCAUCCGCACUUGGCUGUCCCCCGAGGACCGCGUCCUCAGCCACCUCGCCGAGAACACCUCCCACCUCGCCUACGAACGUGAGGAGAUGACCUGCCUUUGGAUGAACCCAUACUUGACCCACUUCUUGAAGAGUGAUAAGCAUGCUCUUGCUUUCACUGGUGCCCCGGGAUCUGGAAAGACAGUCUUGGCUUCUGUCAUCGUGGAUCGGCUGCAGGAUCACAUCGGCGGUGUUACGUACAAGUCGUUGUUCGUCCCUAUCAACGCCAGAAUCCCGGCUGAGACAACCCCCAUUGCUAUUGCAAAGGCUGUUCUGUUCCAGCUAUUUGAGAAACGCAUUGGAAAUGUCCGUCUUCUUCAGAUUCUCCAUGAUGCCUAUGACAGCAGCAAGAAAGCCACUAGCGAGACCGACUAUGAAAACAUCCUGUGGGACACUCUCAAGCAGGCCCUUGGCGCUGCUCUCGCCGGUGCUAAAGACCUCGUCAUUGUUGUUGACGGCGUCGAUGAGGCUUCUUGCGGCGAGGCACACCUUCUCCAGAAGCUUAUCCCGGCGACCUCCAGUGGUACUAAUGUUAGGCUGAUUACGCUCGGUGCUGAGAAGCCACAGACUUCCGUUGGCGUGACGCAGAUCCCUGUCAGCGGGGACCGUAUAACUGAAGAUAUCUCUACCGUUGUGCGUAGUCAAUUCACCGAGCACUCGAAGGAGUCUGAGAGCAAGAGCUUCCUGUCCAUGGAUGAGAUGGAGCAAGAGACCCUUGUUGACCAAAUCAGCGAGGCCUCCCGUGGGUCCUUCCUUUGGGCUAAGCUCUGCACAAAGCGUGCUCGCCAGGAAAAGACCCCAGAGAACGUCCGCAAAGUUGUCGACACCCUCAUCAAGGGCAAGCCUACUAUCGCCGACUUUGUUCUUCACGCUCUCCAGUCACCUGACGUCACUGAAGAUGCAAAGUACAUGUUGCUUUGGCUUGCUACCGCAGACCGUCCUCUGCUGACACGCGAGCUUCUAGCCCUUGCCUCUGUUCAGGUAGAGAAGCAGACAGUUGUCCAGCGUACAAUUGAAGUGCGCCACAUCUUGAAGCCUUUGAUCUCGCUCGUCUUCAUGCAGGAUGGCCAGGUCUACUUGCGUCACGGUCUCAUCAGAACUGCCGUACUGGAUGUGUUCUCCAAGGGGAAGCUUGUCCCCAACGUCAAGGACCGUCAUUCCGACCUUGUGACCCGCCUUCUGGUUUACAUCAAGAGUACCAUUCCCGAGCAGAAUGAGCCUUCUCUAACUCCCCUCGAUGGUCGUGAUGUUAGCCCACGCGUCAGGACUCACCCCCUGCUUGACUUUGCUGUCCGCUACUGGCCCCGUCACUUGAAGCAGACCACCACCUACACCAGCGGUGGCGAUGUUCCCACAGCCAAGGAGUUUAGCAAGAUCUUCCCCGUCAACAUCACUCUCUUGCUUCUCCAAACCACCCUAUGGAGCAACCUUUCCACCCCUACUCUGCUUAGCUACCAGACCACUGUCACCAACCUGUGCCGUGAAGUCUUCACCACUCAGAGCCCUGUGACUCUUCAGUCCAUUAUCUCUCUGGCAAUCUUCUACCGCGAACUCAACCUGACUUCCCAGGCAAUUCCUUUGUUCUAUGAGAUUACCAUUCUCAGCAAGACUUUGCUUAGCCCCACUCACACGCUCACCAUGCAGAUGGCCCUUCUCUUCUUGGAGCUCACCACAAAUUCGGUGACUAGCACUGAGAUCAUGACCAAGCGUGAGGAGCUCUUGAUUAUCAUCGUUGAGUGCUACAAGGUUCACUACGGUGAGAAGUCCGAGAAGACAGUCAAUGUCAUGAAGACCCUUAUCGAGCACUACCAUGUCACCAAGGAGGAGCAGAAAAUUCAGACCUGGACCCAGAAGAUUCACAAUCUCACUGCCGUCAAGUACGAUGCUGAUGAUACUCGCGAUCUUAGCCUUCGCCUCAAGGCCCACAAGAAGGACAUUGGUGACACUGGUAUCCGCUUCCUUCUACACGCUGAGCAAGAUGAGACUCACGAGAAGUCUCGGUCCUUUGAGGGCGACAUUACUUACGCUGAUAAGUACACUGCUGAAGGCCGUCUCGAUCUUGCCGAGCGUCUUUACAUUGAGCUUUGGCAGCGUGCUACUACGGAGGACCACAAGCUCCGCGCUGUCCUUGCAUACACCAAGUUCCUCAAGACUCAGAAGCGUGAGACCGAGGCUUCUUCUAUCUUGUCUAGCGUCUGGGAGGAGCACAAGAACAGCACUCAUACUCUUUCCGAGACCUCGACCUCGCACUUCGAGGAGAUCGCUAAGGUCAUGACCACUGUUGGUCUUACUGUCGCUGCUCUGAACAUCUUCAAGCACUGUGCCUCGUUCUACCAGCGUAUCAACCGCUCUUCCUCGCUCACUGAGGUCCAGAAGCACAUCAAGUCUACCUCUCAGCAUGUGAUGCAGCAGGUCAGCACUUCCUCAUCCAACUUUUCUGAGACUACUUGGGAGGAAAUUGUCUACGAGGCUUCCAGCUCCUCUCAAUUUGACCAGAGCUCCUUCACCGCUACCACCAGCUUGUUGAACAUUUACACCAAAGAGCACCGAUGGAAGGAUGCUACCCGCGUUCUGAAGAAGGUUCUCCACGGUCUCUGGCCUUCGUUGUUCGCUCCCUCUAUCCAGGAUGUCGUUCUUCCCAAGGAGCGCGUCACUGAGAUCCUUGAGCUCACCGAACGCUUGAGCCAGUGCUACCACUACCGUCGCCGCUUCCCGCGCGAGGAGGGUAUCCGCGUCCGCGUAUACCGUGCCGUUCGUGCUGCGCGCCCUGUGGAAGACAACCUCAGGGAAACUGUUAAGAACCAGCUGAUCACUUUCUUCGACCGUUCUUCUCAGCCCGAUCAAGCCAUCAAUACCUACCAGGAGGUUUUGGAUGACUACACUAAGCACUACGGCCCUGACCACGCCACCGUUAUCAAGACCCUGUUCACCUUGGCUGAGCUCACUCGUCCCCGUCCCGCGUUCAUUGAGUACUACCAGCGCAUCGUUGUUUCCUUGAACAAGGGAUCCACUGUCAUCAAGCCCGAGGCAUUGGAGCCCAUCAUCAUUGUUGCGAACGAGCUGUGGACCCAGACCCGCUACAAGGAUGCUGUUGAGUACUUCAAUCUGCUUUUCACGACUUUCUUGAACCAGCCGAAGCAAAGUCCAAAGUUCCAAGACGAGACCUUUGUUCAGCAGAUCUUUACUCGCUACACUCACUGCCUGCGCUCCACUCGCACUGAGUUCAGCACCAUCCACAAGGUUACUAGUGAAUUCCACAGCAAGGUGAAGACUGUGUUCAGCGCGACUGCCACCAUCACUAUCCAAGCUACCUUGACUCUCGCCAAGGUUUGCCAGGAGACCAAGACCUACGAGAGCACUGCCAUUUCCCUCUACGAGGAGCUCCUCAAGCUGAAGCCUGCUGGCGUUGAUCUUGGAGAGAUUGAGGCCACUCUUGAUGGAAUCUUCGAAGAGCAGACUGCCACUUUCGACUCGUCAUCCAUCUCCAGUGAGCAAAAGCAGCGUGUCACCAAGGUUCUUCGCAAGCGCAUCGAGUCUGCUCGCUCAACCUACGGCUGGGCCCACGAGGAGUCUCUCUCUAAGCUGGAGGAGGUUGUGUCAUUCUACUCCAAGCAGAACGACACUCAGAGUGUUACUCAGGAGCUCCACGAGUCUACCAAGCAGAUUCUGACUUCGGAGACCUCUUCUGAGCGUCUGGUUGCCGCUGCCACCACCAUUGCGGCUAGCUACAUCGCGACCAACCAGACUCACAAGGCUGUCGAGCUUACCGAGGAGCUUUACCGCCAGAUCGUCAUGAAGGACACCUCCAAGUCCAAGGAGUCCCAGCUUGAGGUCUCUUCCAACGGUCGCCAGAGCCUCGCAUUCCUGGCACAGCUUCAGCAAAGCCUCCGUCAGGGUUCCUCCAGCCUCACUGAGAUUCUUGCCUCGCUGACCACCGAGUAUGUCUACUUCGAGGAGUUCCGCAGCGUCACCAAGUCCAAGACCAGCACUUUCCACAGUGUUUCCGUUUCAGCUACCCGUCUGUACAACUUCUUGCUCGCCAACAAGCGUCAGACUGCCGCGAACCGUGUCUUUGAGGACUUUGUUGCUUACUUCACCGCUACCGAGGGCAAGCGCAUCAAGUUGACCCAGACUGCCCAAGUCAAGGUCUUCCUCAUCACCAUCAUUGGCUACUUGACUCACCACCAGUCCUCGAACCUUGUUCGCUCUGUUGGUAUUGCUGCCAACACCAAGGUCCUCGAGCUUCUUGAGGCGAAGAACUACGAUGGUGCCACCAACCUGGCCCUUGCUGCCUUCACUUACAUCUCGGCCCAGGAUACCUACCGCAGCCCUGAGAUCGUCAAGUUUGUCUUCACUCUGGGUGUUUUGAUUUCCGGUCACAGCGUCCACCCCCAGCCCGACGCAGCUGCUCUCAAGAAGCUGCGUGGCGUUUCCGCACAGAUCAUUCAGGAAGUUCUUCAGGUCAUCGUUGCGCUGAACAUCAACCUGGCACAGAUCAACUUGGACUACCUGAACAUCAUGAUCGGCCUGCUCGGCGAACAGAAGGACUACAAGAACCUUGUCUGGCUCCUCGGCGACCUCUGGAACAGCCGCCACCGCCAGUCCAACUGGACCCCUGCUGUGACCCUGGACUUGGCUCGCCGCUACAUUCUCGCCCGCUACCUUGUCGGUGAUGCCCUCAAGGCUUCCCGCCUUGCCGAGGACAUUGCUUACAACUGUCGCCGUGUCAAUGGCGUCCGCCACCACAGCACCCUGGAGAUGUCGACUCUCCUGUCGCAGCUCUACACUGCCAUCGCCCAGCGCUACCAGGCUGACAAGAAUGGCCAGCACAUGGCCAACAAGUACUACAAGAAGAGCGCCGGUGUUCACGAGUCUCUCCUGCGUGUCUUUGUCGACCCCUCCCUUGCUGAGUUCGAAGGUGCUCUCGACGGCAGCUUCAGCAUGGACGGAUCUUCCUACGAGAUCAACAUGCACGACCAGUCCUCUGACGCUGGUUCCGCUUUCAACACCGAGCAUGUUCGCACCCACCUCCAGCUCUUGAAGCUCUCCUUGCAGCGUCUUGGCGAUUGGCCCAAGGAGUACGCUGAGUACGAUAGCCUGAAUACUUCUCUCUUCGAUAUUUUCAGCGAAGAGCUGAAAGGUUAUGAGGGCGUUGAGAAGUGGAACCUCAAGAACUUUGGUGCUGGAAAGGCCUCUGGUUCUGAAGAUACUUUGGACCUUUCGAACUUCUCUUGGUCUAUUGAAUUGGGUCAACAGAAUGGGGAGAUUGAGGAGGAACUGUAA